GACUCGAGUCCACAUAUCUAUGGUUAUGCCUCCAAAGAAAUCGAGCAGAUGAAGCUUCCAUUCAGAAUCCAUAAAUACUUCUUGGCCGUCCUGUCGGUCUGUUUGGUUUAGCCCCGCCGACAGAGUGGGAAUCUCACCCCUGCCAUCACAAGUUCUCUGCAAGCCCACAAGCGAUCUCACUGUUGGUCAAAAAGAGGGGAAAUUCUUGCAAAAGGAUUUCUCUCACUUUGGCUUCCCCAAGUCCGAGUGUUACCGACAUCCUACUGCAUUCCUGUGCCAGCCACAGUUCCAGAGCAUCGGGUCGUAUUCUGAAGUGACGUCGAACAUGACAGGGUUAUUCGCCCUUUUGGGCCUGAGCCACUCUCAGUUGGCCGGUCUGGUUGGUACUCUGCUCCUCACAUUGCUCUUCUGGCGGCGAUACUGCUCUCCAAUCAGCGAUAUUCCCGGCCCAUUCACGGCCAGCUUCACCAGAAUAUGGCACGUCCUUCACAUUCUCAAGGGCGACCAAAACUUAGAGCUCAUCAGGCUGCAUGACAAGCAUGGUCACUUUGUCCGUAUCGCUCCGAAUGAAGUCAGCAUCAGCCAUCCUGACGCGAUCAAGAAAGUCCUCGCUUCUCCUUCUCUACACAAAGCCCCUUGGUACAAAGUGAUUGCCUUCCCCGAUGGGCGUUUCCAAAACCCCAUGUCAGCUACUGAUCCUGCCGUCAAAAACGAACUUUCUCGCCAUCUCGCCCCAGCAUACACCCUUCCCAACCUUCUCCGCUCCGAAGAAGCCAUCGGCAACACCCUCGAGCUCCUCUUUGACUGGUUCGACAAGUUUAGCUCUUCCAAGAAGCCCAUCGAUCUCGACAAGUUCUUCACCUUUGCCACCUCGGACGUCAUCGGCGAGGUCAUCUUUUCCAAGCAGUUCGGCUUUCUGAGAGAGGGCAAAGACAUCAACAACACCAUCGCCAACACACACCCUCAAGCGGCCUAUGUCUCCAUCGCCGGGUUCUUCCGCUGGUUUCAUGUGCUGUUUCUCAGCAACAGAUUCAUCACCUGGCUGGGAGUGACACCAUGGGGGCACCUUAUCGACACGGCCAUGACGGCGAUCAAAGAGCGGCAAGAGAAUCCCAACGUGGAGAAGUUUGAUGCCUUGGCGCACUGGCUCCACAUGCUGGAGAAGAGCAAGGGCACGAUGGAGAUGCAUGAGAUACACUCGGCGGCGUUCAACGCUGCGGCUGCGGGGAAUGAGACGGUGGCGACGGGGCUGCAGGCGUUUGUGUACUACAUGAUUCGACACCCCACUGCGUGGGCAAGAUGCAGGCGGGAGAUUGAUGCUGCCAAGGCUGGGACUGUCGGUGGUAGAUCAGUGUCAUUUGCGGACACCCAGCGUUUGCCGUUCUUGCAAGCGUGCAUCAAAGAGGCGUUGAGAGUGUUUGGUCCUGCGUCGAUGGGGUUGCCGAGAGUAGUGCCGAAAGGAACCCCCUUGGUGAUUGGAGACAGACGCAUUCCUGGCAGCACCACCGUGUCCGUGAACGUGUGGGUGAUUCACCACAGUAAGGAGAUCUGGGGGGAGGAUGCCAGGAUGUUUAACCCUGACAGAUGGCUCACUCCUGACGCGGCGAGGUUGGAGAAAUACUUUGUGCCUUGGGGUUUUGGGUACGCCUCGUGUCCUGGUCAGAAUCUUGCAAAGAUUGAGCUCAGCAAGAUAUGUGCGACUUUGGUCAGGGAUUAUGACUUUGUGCAGGUUGACAAAGCCAAGGAGUGGAGGUGGAAAGCCUACUUUACCGUUGUUCCAAAGGACUGGCCCUGUUAUGUUGGGAGGAGAGAGCGGUGAGAGACGGUGUCAUGGAAUAUACCUUCUCUUGCUCCUUCCUAAGUAUCUCUUGCUCCUUCUCAUUCUUUCUCGUUCCCAGGGGUGCUCUUUCCAUUGUCUGACCUGACCCACCGUCGUCCCUCCCUAUUUUGGUUCUUUCUUUAGCUCUUUCCCUCCUAUAUGGUGUCUUCCACAAAUGCUCUUUCCCUAUGCACACCGUUCCUUCUUGCAACGACAACAUGUGGAGCUGUUGGCUCCCUUACUCUUUUACCACUUCACCACAUUUGCACAUUAGCACAAUAACACAUCACCCCGGACCUUUCCAUCACUUUUCCCCUUGCACCUCAGUAUUCGGGGGCCCAAUGGCCAAAGCACCAUAGAUGUCCAUCCUCAUUGGAAACGAAAUUGUCUGAUCACAUGGUCAGUUUGCAAGUUUCCAUUGGAACGUUAUCAAUCGAGGAAAACCUUACUCAGCUCAAGCUCACUCCAGUCUUGCUGACCAGCGGCGUUGAUGCACAUGCAGUUCAACCGACUGUUCUUUGGUGCUCCGUCAUAUUGGAGGCCGCCUUGGCUGCACAUGCCACAUGUAGGAUGGUAACC